AUACAGUACAAAGUACAAAAACCGUUGCAAGAUGUCCACCUCCAGCGGGGCGCUCGUGCUGAUCCUCGCAGUCAUCCUCAGUGCCGCUGCGGGUGGAAAGGACGAGUUUGACUACGUGCUGGUUGGUGGCGGCGCGGCCGGGAUACCUCUCGCAUACACUCUUGCCGAAAACGGCAAGGAUGUCUUGCUCAUCGAAAGAGGCGGCCCUCGCAAAGACAAUCCAGAGGAUACGACGACCAUCUCGCAGUGGGGGAGCGCAUUGCUCAACAAAGACAUCGCCCAGGAGAUCCGCACACGUGAGUCACCUGACAGGUGCACUGUCGUGUGAAGUACCUGCGUGGUUGCUCUCCCUUCUGCAGUGGACAAGCAGAUCACAAAUGUGGCGAGCAUCUUGUCUGGCGGCACGGCACUCUCUGGAGGUGUCCAGGUACUUGUACUGCCGGGACAGACGUCUGUCGGGAUGGCAGAACGGUGUGUGUGUGUGUGUGUGCGCAUUCCGUCAGAUAGAGGAGGUUCCUGAGUACUUCGAUCACUUGAGGGACAAGUUCGAUGCCGAUUUCGACGAAAAGCUUGUGAACGAGGUACGCACUGCAUGAACUGACACAAACAGCACGCAUUCUGUCUUUGUGUCAUCCCGUCUGCUGUGUGUGUGAAUGCAGUCGUACGCAUGGACACGAGAGCGAGUGGGCCAGGUGAUGGGAUACCCCGACUUGUACGGAGAUGCAUGGAUUGGCGCCCUGCAAGACUUGGGAUUCGGUCCAUUCGCCGGCGAAUCGCCCUCCAUCGCCAAUGGCUCGUGGAACGGCUACAGCCUGUUCGAGAACGAUGGGAAGAAGCUGUCGCCAGACAGAUUCCGCCGUGCAACUGAUGUGAUACCGCUGGAGCGCCCCCUAGACAGCCUGAAGAUCCUCACUCGACACAACGCCCUUCGUGUCGAGUUCGACACCAGCGACGAGACAGGCAACCCCAAAGCCACGUGUGUGGUGUACACCAAGUCGCCAGAUGCCUUCGAGACCAUCGACUCGCGAGCGAAUGCAGGUCUGCCUGUGAGGCCAAGCCUCUUUGACAAGUGGAAGAAAGUGGAUGACACUGAUGCUGACUUGAGGAGGGCGUGCAUUCGGGAGGGAGGGGAGAUAUUCAUCUCGGCCGGUGCCAUCCUUUCGCCAGUGAUCUUGAUGAACUCAGGCGUGGGGCCGAAGGACGUGGUGGAGAAGGUGAUGAAGAACACGGGUGGAAAGCUCAUCAGGGACGUCCCUCAACUAGGUCGGUCUCUCUCUCCGAAACGACUCCUGCUCCUAUUUUUGUACGCAAUGUCGACUCUGUGUCGGUGCGCCUACCUAAAUGUGAUCAGGCCAGAAUCUUCACGACAGAUGGGCCGUUCAAUUCGGAGUCUUCUUCAAGUAAGCGAGGGCCGAUUGUGACUUGUGUGUGAGCUGUGAAUUGUGAGGGGACUUCUCUCUCAGGAAGCCAGUGUCGCGUCUCAGGGAGCCGAUACCUGUCACAACCACUACAACAACACCCCAGCCGGACAUUGGUCCACCAGACGGCGGCGGUGGCGGCGGGGGGAUACGGCCGGCGCCUGGUGGACCAAUCGAUGACCCCGAUGACGGCGGCGGCUUCGAAGAGCUUGACCCUCCCCCUCCCCGCUCUCGGGCCAAACGGGAAAGUUUCUUAGAGAGCGACUUUCCGAUCACUGUCAAUGCCGUCAGUGGAGUGAAGAAGGUCGUCGGCGAGAGCUGCCCUGAAGACUUCGGGUGAGGACGGGCGUGAAUAUACAGACGGAUCGGCGAGUGCGUGGUGUGUGAGUGUGUGUAUAUGCAGCUUCAACACGACUCCCGACUGCUUUUAUGUCACUGCUGAGGAGGGGACGGGCAUCGAUUUUGCAGGGCUGGUACUGUCCACAAGAGCUGCCUUUCCCCCGGUCUUUCGCGGACUCCCGUAUGCACCGCAUAGCGAGCCUGCAUGAGCCAGAACACUGGUGUGUCGGUGUGUGCGGGAUGUGGCUUUGGCUUUACUUCAGAGAAGUGGACUUUCUCGUGGCGUUGCUGUCAGAAUGUCUCGACAAGCCGGACUCAAUCUUGUGCGCUGCCUUCCAGCCCGUAUUCGAGUGCACCUCGUGAGCGAUCUGAGAGACAUACGCGACCUUUAAAUUCCAUUCUUUUCUAUGCUUGUAUUCAGGAGAACUGCUGGGUGGAUAACCUUCGCACCGGUGCCCAAAUCGAGGGGCUACGUCACUGUCAACGAAUGGGGUACGGGCAGAGACCCCCCCCCCACACACACACACAUACACAGGGAGGAUCGUUGUCGGGCUGCAUUUCUGAUGUGCAGGCGAGCCCAUCGUAGCGUCAAACUACUUGACAGACGAGAAGGGUGAAGACCUGAACAACGACGUGGUCGGGCUGGAGACGCUCUUGCGGGUGAACGACACACAUCGUCUCGUCGCUAGGGAGGCUGUGUAUGUGGUAGCGUGUGUGUGGGUGCAGGUGCUAGGGAGCGGUCGGUUUGACGAUCUGUUCGAGCGGCGUGGGCCCCAGUCUUGCGUUGUGUACAUCUUCAACAAACUGGUCGACCUGCUCAUCCUCGCCACACGCGCCCUGCCCAUCCCCUUCCCAGGAGACCCCGACUUCCAGCAAGUACCCACCAGUAUCUCCACAUAUUCUCUCUGACGUAUAAUAGUCGACCAUAUGUGUGCUGUGCAUGCACUCAGACCGACCUGCUGGCUUCUCUCCCGUCCUUUCUCGCAGCGGAGACCGACGAGAAAACAGGCAGAAGAAGCGACAGCAAGGAAGAUCCCAGCCGCACCUUCCUGGAGGAGGCCCUGCUGUGGGCCGAGCUGCAGAAGAGAAAACAUGAGGUCAUAGAGCGGAGCAGGAAAGCGUGGAGAGAGGGGGAGGGGGAGGGGGACGGCGAACACUCUGAGCCUGAGUGGAGAGGGGACAAGUCAGAGGUGGCCGAGUGGCUGCGGGAACAGGUGGCGCUGGCGUCAACGCCGCCCUCUGAACCGGUCAGCCAGCCGGUUGUGAGAAAGGAAGAAUGCAGCUGAGUGCUAUCAGUGAGUGAUAUUGUCUCUGUGCGUGCGUGUGUGUGCGUGCGUGUGUGUGUGUGUGUGUUUCCGUCUGCAGGAGGGUUUCAUGGACGACUUGAGGUGCGAGUUUGUCACAUCAGAGGAGUGUGAGCGGAUACGGCAGCUGAAGAAUGCGGAGCGAUUCGCCAUCUUGCCCACACUGCCCACAGGUACGUCAGCGCAGCCCAGCCCAGCUCAGUCCAGCCAGACACACACUUCUCUCGUGCCGACGCAGAUCUGGACGAUCGCGAGAAAUUGGAGGGCUUCAUCAAAACACACGGUCAGCGCGAGACACGUACGUCAUCAUGCGGCGGAAAACAUGUCAUGGGCGUGUGCGGUGGUGUGUGUGUCUGCCUGCCACGCAGGCAACGGCAUGUGGCACUGGUCCGGGUAGGUGCCUGCAACACUACUAGAGAGCCAUCGAUGGGCUCUCUCGCAUGUGUGUGGUGUGGCGUGUGUGCAGGUCGACGGCAAUGGGGUCUGUGGUCGACGACAAGCUCCGUGUGAUUGGCGUAGACAACCUGGCCGUUGCUGACGCAGGAGUCUUCCCCCAGGUGCAUUAAGCAGUGCGGUGUGGUGUAGUGUGGUGUGCAGCUGUGCGUGUUUGCUUCUUUGUUGGAUGCAGGCGUCUCGGAUGAACGUGCAGGCGCACAGCAUAAUGAUCGGCAGAUAUGCGGCGGCGCAGAGGGAAGAGCAACAGGGAGGAGACGACAGAUGAUUGAUUGAUCGAUCGAUUGAAGAGACACACACACACGUGUGGCGUCAUUGGGCAGACAGAGAGGUCGGG